AUUCUCACCAGCAGAGACAGCCAAGGGGGCCUAGGUGUGGCCAGGGAUGAUGGCGGGGGCAUGAGCCCCGUGAAACAGCCAUCAACUGGGGAAUUUCCGAUUUCACUUCCUCAAAACUCAAGUAGCCAGAAAGCCUCGAUUUCUUCACCCCAUUCGGAGGAUGAAAGCUCUUCGCAGCCAGCUCAGUCUCCGGCAGCAUGUUCAGCUGGGUGAGCAAGGAUGCCCGCCGCAAGAAGGAGCCGGAGCUCUUCCAGACGGUGGCCGAGGGGCUGCGGCAGCUGUACGCGCAGAAGCUGCUGCCGCUGGAGGAGCAUUAUCGCUUCCACGAGUUCCACUCGCCCGCGCUGGAGGACGCUGACUUCGACAACAAGCCCAUGGUGCUCCUGGUCGGCCAGUACAGCACCGGCAAGACCACCUUCAUCCGCCACCUGAUCGAGCAGGACUUCCCGGGGAUGCGCAUCGGGCCGGAGCCCACCACCGACUCCUUCAUCGCGGUCAUGCACGGCCCCACCGAGGGCGUGGUGCCGGGCAACGCGCUCGUCGUCGACCCGCGGCGCCCCUUCCGCAAGCUCAACGCUUUCGGCAACGCCUUCCUCAACAGGUUCAUGUGUGCGCAGCUGCCCAACCCAGUCCUGGACAGCAUCAGCAUCAUUGACACUCCUGGGAUCCUGUCUGGAGAGAAGCAGCGAAUCAGUCGAGGUUAUGACUUUGCGGCUGUCCUCGAGUGGUUUGCUGAGCGUGUGGACCGCAUCAUCCUGCUUUUUGACGCCCACAAGCUGGACAUCUCAGACGAGUUCUCAGAAGUUAUCAAGGCCCUCAAAAAUCACGAGGACAAGAUCCGUGUGGUGCUGAACAAAGCUGACCAGAUUGAGACCCAGCAGCUGAUGAGAGUGUAUGGAGCGCUCAUGUGGUCGCUGGGGAAGAUCAUCAACACCCCCGAGGUAGUCCGAGUCUACAUUGGCUCCUUCUGGUCACACCCAUUGCUCAUCCCUGACAACCGGAAGCUCUUCGAGGCAGAGGAGCAGGACCUCUUCAAAGACAUCCAGUCUCUACCCAGAAAUGCUGCCCUUAGGAAGCUCAAUGACCUGAUCAAGCGGGCCAGGCUGGCCAAGGUCCAUGCCUACAUCAUCAGCUCCCUCAAGAAGGAGAUGCCCAAUGUCUUCGGGAAAGAGAGCAAGAAGAAAGAGCUGGUGAACAACCUGGGAGAGAUCUACCAGAAAAUCGAGCGGGAGCACCAGAUCUCCCCCGGCGACUUCCCGAGUCUGCGCAAGAUGCAGGAACUCCUGCAGACCCAGGACUUCAGCAAGUUCCAGGCCUUGAAGCCCAAGCUGCUGGAUACAGUGGAUGACAUGCUCGCCAACGACAUAGCCCGGCUGAUGGUGAUGGUGCGCCAAGAGGAGUCCCUGAUGCCCUCACAGGCUGUGAAGGGUGGUGCUUUUGAUGGCACCAUGAAUGGGCCCUUUGGGCAUGGCUACGGCGAGGGGGCUGGCGAGGGCAUCGAUGAUGUUGAGUGGGUGGUUGGUAAGGACAAGCCCACCUAUGAUGAGAUCUUCUAUACACUGUCUCCUGUCAACGGCAAGAUCACUGGCGCUAAUGCCAAGAAGGAGAUGGUGAAGUCCAAGCUGCCCAACACGGUGCUGGGGAAGAUCUGGAAGCUGGCUGAUGUGGACAAGGAUGGUCUGCUGGAUGAUGAGGAGUUUGCUCUGGCCAACCAUCUUAUCAAGGUCAAGUUAGAGGGCCAUGAGCUACCCGCUGACCUUCCUCCGCAUCUCAUCCCACCCUCCAAACGGAGGCAUGAGUGACAGCCGUGCCUGACAUAUUCUUCCGACCCCAGGGCUGUUGGCACUUUCUACCUGCCAGCUCCUUGCCUGCCCAUGUGGGCCUGGACCAGAGGGGCAGAGAUUGGGGGAGGGGAAAGGGUCACCAUUUCUCAAGGUCCAUAAAGACUGAGCGGUGUUUCCUCAGCUCUUGAAUAGGAAAACCACAUCUUUCUUUUAAGCCUGUCCAGGGUUCAGCGGGGAGGCACGGGUGAUGCUUGGAUGUGAACAGUGGGAUUUUGUGCACAAGAACCAUGGAUAUUUUUAAUAUAGAAUGUUAGAGGCAGCCUUCUUUCUUGCCUCCUCCUCUGUCUGACAGCCCCACACGCAGCCUCUCCCUGCCCCGGCCUUUCCUUCUGCCCUGCCCUGGCCAGGCAGCAACAGUGACUGGGGAACCACCUCUCACAAGCCACCCUGGCACGCCCCUGUGGCAGCAGCCCCGGCUGUGUGGACAGGAGCCCUCCAGCUCCCUCAGUGUGUGUGUCAGGCUGAGGUUUAUUCAUGGGGCAGGGGCUUGCUUCCUACUAGUGCUCGGGUGAGCUGCUCCGUGCCUCUGCUGCGGUCUGGGGUGCACACCCUCCCUUUGCUUCCUCACCCCGUCUCUGACAUCCCAGCCAGCACAGCGGCCACAGGUAGAAGCCCCAGCCACCGUUAACCUCUGUGGGGACUGGAGGGGUGAGAGACAGUGUCUUCCAGGAAAAUAUAUAAGCUAGGUAUUGUUCUGUAAGUGACACUUCAUACUUGACCAGAUUUCCAGUAACUUCCACAACACUUGUCCACAGCUGUGAUUUUUGCCCCCCUUCUUAUCCUCCAGCCUUGGAUCAGUCCACCUCACAGCCAGCGUAGAGCAGACCCCUGGGGCUUGAGUUUGCUUUCUGGCUGAGGGGAGGUCAUCCCAGCUCCUGCUCUGAGUGCUCUGAAGUGUACUCCCUUAAAGUCAACCUUCAUGGCAGCUUUCUGGGGCCCCCGACUGCCUUGGGGUGGGCAGUGGGCCCUGUGACCGGGGGUGGUCUGGUGCUGGUAAGAGGAAGCUCAUGGUUCUGGCCUGGUGUAGUGUCCAAGCAGCAGGACAGGGAAAACCCAAGCCCUUCCCUCACCCUCUCAUCACCGUCCUUCCCUCCUCCCCUGCUGAGCCAAGGAGGUCUGGGUGUCCUGAGAUCCGGACUGAGCACUAAGCCAGAACUAGCAAAUGACCCCUUUAGCUGCCUCAUUGCAGCCUCGGGGACCUGGACACGCCCUGUGGUUGGCUGUCUGUCCGGGUGGGCUUUAUACUGAGGUGGGUGGAGCAGCUGCAGUCUGCUCAUCCCACACUGCAGGUGGGCUUCCCGGAGCUGCAGUCUGCCUUCCCCCAGCACUGCUCUGGGCCUUGCUGAGCCUGAGCCCCACUGACCUCUUAGCUCCCUGCCUUAGCCUUCCGGCCCUGGCCCUGGCUGAGGGUAGGUGAGAUGUCCUCACAGGUUCACUCAAGUCCAGCAAGCUCGUCCUCACCUGUGGGGAGAGGGGCUGAGUGAAGACUGUUCUCUGCAUUAAAAAAGUUUAAUUGUGCCAAA